AUGGACUACACUGCAAAGAAGGGAAAGCUCAAGCUCAAAGGCGGCAUCAAAAAGAAGACAAGCAAGCCCAAGUCCACUGCUGUUGCAAGCGCACAAGCGCAGACUGAGGCCGAUACAGCCGCUUCUGCUUCUGCCUCUGCUUCUGCCUCUGAUGCACAAGAGAGUCUGAGAAAACGGGAUACACGGACUCCAGCGCAGCGCAAGUUUGACGAAAUCAAGCGCAUCAGAGAACAACGAGAGAUUGAGCGGACCGGUGGACAGUCGCAUCAGGAACGUAUUCAAGCAAUGAAUACGCAUCUCAGCCGAUUGAGUGAGCAUCACGAUAUGCCAAAGAUUGGACCUGGUUGA